AUGACCCACCCUCUCAUGCUGGCUUCAAGGAACAGCUCUUCUCAUUCUACAUUUUUCAUCUUGCUUGGAAUCCCAGGGAUGGAGAACUAUCAGUUUUGGGUUGCCUUUCCAUUCUGUGUCAUGUAUGUUGUGGCUGUGACUGGAAAUAUCACCAUCCUACACAUAAUCCGAAUUGACCACACCCUGCAUGAGCCCAUGUACCUCUUCCUGGCCAUGCUGGCUACCACUGACCUGGUCCUGUCCUCUUCCACACAGCCUAAAAUGCUGGCCAUACUCUGGUUUCACGAUCAUGAGAUUGAAUACCACGCCUGCCUCAUCCAGGUGUUCUUCAUACAUGCCUUUUCUUCUGUGGAGUCUGGGGUGCUCAUGGCCAUGGCCUUGGACCGCUACGUGGCUAUCUGCUCUCCCCUCCGACAUUCCAGCAUCCUGACCACAUCUGUAGUCAUCAAGCUGGGGGCAGCUGUCAUGGUGAGAGGGCUGCUGUGGGUGAGCCCCUUCUGCUUCAUGAUCUCCAGGAUGCCCUUCUGCCCCAACAAUGUCAUUCCCCAGUCCUACUGUGAGCACAUGGCUGUGCUCAAGCUGGUGUGUGCGGAUACCAGAGUCAACCGUGGAUAUGGGCUCUUCGUGGCAUUUUCUGUGGUUGGCUUUGAUAUAAUUGUCAUCAGUGUAUCUUAUGUGAUGAUUCUGAGAGCCGUGCUGAGGUUGCCUUCAGGCGAAGCCCGCCUCAAAGCUUUUGGGACGUGUGCUUCUCAUAUUGGUGUCAUCUUAACCUUAUAUAUUCCAGCCCUUUUCACCUUCCUCACUCACCGCUUUGGCCACCAUGUGCCCCGAGUUGUGCACAUCAUGUUUGCUAAUGUCUACCUACUGGUUCCUCCCAUGCUCAACCCCAUCAUAUAUGGAGUUAGAACCAAACAGAUCAGGGACAGGGUUGUCCGAGGAUUUUGUGGGAAAAACUCUUGA